CAACAACUCUUCCCGACUUGCGCCACAACCUGAUCGCCGCCGCUCAACAAAUACCACACGCACGCACGAACGCCGGCGGAAAUGAACGUGACGUGCACGACGACGAACAACCUCACCACGGUGGUGUGUGAUGGUAUCCGUUUCACUCAAGAAACAUCACACUACCUGACUCCGGGAUCUGCAGAGUUCUUCGUCAACAUUGGUAUUUCUGCAGCGUUAGUGUUGUUGGCGGGUGUCUUCAGCGGCCUGACGCUGGGCUUGCUCAGCUUGGACAGCACGCAGUUGCAGGUUCUCUCCGAGGCAGGCAAACCAGAGGAACAAAAGUAUGCCAGGCGCAUCAAACCACUUGUCAAGCGACAUCACUUGCUCCUCGUCACUCUACUUUUGGCGAAUGCGGCUGUGAACGAGUCGCUGCCGUUGUUUCUGGAUGACCUUGUGCCCGAGUACAUUGCCAUCAUCAUCUCCGUCACGGCAGUGCUGAUGUUUGGCGAAGUCAUUCCACAGGCCCUCUGCUCUAAAUAUGGCCUUGCGAUUGGCGCGUUCUUUGCACCGAUGGUGACGCUGCUCAUGCUGGUGAUGCUGCCCAUUGGCUGGCCGCUCUCCAAACUCCUCGACCUCAUCCUCGGCGAGCAUCACUCUGCGUUCUUCCGCCGUGCGGAACUCGGCGUCCUGGUGAACAUUCACACCACGAACGACGAGGACAACGAGGAGCCGCUGACGAGCGAGGAAGUUGCCAUCAUCCAGGGAGCGCUCGAACUCAACUCAAAGACUGCGGAGGACGCGAUGCAGCCGCUGGACGUCAUCUACAUGCUGCACGUGGACCGCGUGUACUCGACAGCGCUCGCUGAAGAGAUUCUCGAGCGCGGGCACAGCCGCAUUCCUGUCUUCAAGGACACCCGCCACAAGACAUCGCACUUUAUUCUAACAAAGACGCUCAUCCAAUAUCACAAGAACUCAAAUGUCCGCAUCGCCGACAUCCGCAAGCACGCGCUGACGCCAUUCCCGCGCAAUAUGGGCCUCUACGCGUGCCUGAAGAAGUUCAGGGAGGGCAAGUCGCACAUUGGUGCUGUCCUCAACGAAGACAGAGAGGUGAUUGGCAUCUUGACGCUUGAGGACGUGAUUGAGGAGCUGCUGGGCGCAGAGAUUGUUGACGAGACGGACCAGUUUGUCGACGUCGCAAGGCGCAUUCUUGCGAGCCGGCGGCGACUAUCGAGCACACAGCGCGCGUCGUCAUCUGCAAUGAUAUCGCGAACGGCUACGGCCGUGCGGGCGGCAGGCGCGAUACAGGUCAGCGACGCCGUGUCUGUGGAUACGGGGAUAACAAACGGUGGCGGUGGCGGUGGUGGUGGCUCCUCCGAGCGCACGCCGCUGCUGCGUACGAUUCCCGUCUCUGAACCGGUGAUGCCCAUUAUGGAGGCGUCGACAGAGGACGAUGGCGACGGCGCAUUUGACUAAAAUGGUCGCAUCCACCCGCGCGCCCACGCGCAUUUCAUACACACAGACCCAAACUUUGUGUUGUCCUCAUGACAGAGUCAACCGAAUACACACAGAGACAAAAGGA